UUUUCAUUUUUUUGCUUCGGUCUUUCGGAAGCAAGAUCUGCAUUCUGCAUCGGAGUUUCCUUUGCUAAUUGCUCGCCUUCCAGUUUGAAGAAGAAUUGUUUACUUGUCUUUUCCUAAUAAGUCAAUUGAUCUUCUUUUACCCGGUUGAGGGUUGAUGCUACUGUUUUAUUCGAGUUUGUUUAGUGGUUUAGUACCAUACUUGGCCAUACGUUCAUCCUUUGUUUCGCUACCGCAGCCUGCAUUUCGCGGAACAGGGCGCUAUCUUAGGUUUUACAGCUCUGGAAAGGGAAACAAACAGAUACAGCAUCAGAAUGGCAGAUUAUAGUAAUCUUACGGUCGGAUUCAUAGGUGCUGGCAAGAUGGCAACAGCAAUGGCAACGGGCUUCUUUAAUGCAGGUUUGUUUAAACCUUCACGGAUGUUUGCUAGCUGUCCAUCCGAAUGGGACUCGAGUGAAUUACAGAAUAUGGGAGUGCAGGUAUUUGAGGCCAAUUUGGACGUGACUGAGCGUAGCGAUGUCAUUAUUUUAGCAGUCAAACCCGAUACUGUCGCACCAGUCUUGAGAGAAGUUUCUCAGUCUCUCUCCAAGAAACAACCACUGAUAAUUUCCAUCGCCGCCGGCAUCACAAUUGCCGCACUGGAGAAGGCUCAUUCUGGUCGAUAUGUUCGUGUUAUGCCCAAUACACCGGCCGUGAAUCCAGGUUACGGGGCGUCCGUAUUUUGUCCGGAUUUUAAAUGUUCCCCGGACGACGCUAAACUUGUGGAGAGGAUGUUUUCCUGUUUGGGAUUUUGUUCGCCAAUUCCUGAAUAUUUGAUGGAUGCCGUUACCGGUUUAAGUGGAAGUGGACCGGCCUACGUUUUCACAGUAAUUGAAGCGUUGUCGGAUGGUGGUGUCAAGAUGGGUUUACCUCGGGAUUUAUCAACAAAAUUAGCCGCUCAGACAGUAUUGGGUGCUGCAAAAAUGGUGGUGGAAUCCGGUCAGCAUCCAGCAGUUCUGCGUGACAAUGUAGCCAGCGCCGGAGGCACGACAAUACACGGUCUGCAUGCUUUGGAACAAGGUGGAAUCCGGAAUGCCUUGAUCACUGCCGUGGAAGCGGCAACGAAACGAUCGAUCGAAAUGGGACAAUCCAGUCAGAAAAAGUAAUUUAUUUAUGGUGAUUUGUUCUGGUUUUCGCUGUUCUGAUGACUUUUACUUUUGGUGCAUACUUCUUUUUUAAAGCAAAGCCUGUCUAUACAUUCAGAUUUUGACGAAAACAUUCCUACAUGACAAGUAAAUUAAUUUAUAAAUCCUGCUGUCUGUGACAGUCUGUAGCUCUGUAAUUAUAUGUACUCGUAUAUUUUAUUCAAUGUGGUGUGUCUGCAUAGUGGCUUACCACUCUGUAUUUGGUGCUAUUUUGCUGUUAGCAGCCCGCAUUCAGCACGACCUACAAAAUUAAAUUAAUC